AUGGCGGAUCCGAGGAGGUCUCCCGAUAAGUCGCUUCUCCAAGCAAGGGGAAUUCAACCACAGAGAUCGCCUGCUCCCCCGACGACAGCCCCGCGGCCUACCUUUGUCGACGAUGAUUCCGACGACGAUGACGAGUCCAGCGAUCAGAUGCCAUUGCCCAGGAGCCAUACACCAGGGCAUCUCGCUAGCAAGAGCAUACAAGCGAACCGUCGAAAACCUUCCGAUCUUUCUAUUCGCCAACGCUCCCAAUCCACUUCUCAAUCAGCCGGGCAAGGGGCCUCGUCUACCUCCAGAACAGCUCCCAAACCAGCUCACUCGUCCACAAACAACGCCGGGGAUGCCUCGAGUGAGGGAGAUCGACGAACCAGGCGACCUACAGCUUCACGGUCGACUUCUGCGAUAACCAGCCGAACAACUGCCCAGGCGACCGCACGAUAUGGAUCACAUAGGUCUCGCAUAGCUCAGGACGAAUACGUAGCGUUUCCUUCGCUUCCGGAUCCCAGGACGGCUCCUAAUGUUGACGUGGCACCAGCAUCUGGCAUGUACUGGUCCAAAGCGCCUGUAUCGGGAGCUCCUCAUACCUCGUUACGGGCACAUACAACGACAAUUAUUGGCUCAAACGUAUAUGUUUUUGGUGGCUGCGACUCAAGGACAUGCUUUAACGAUCUCUAUGUGUUGGAUGCAGACUCUUUCCACUGGUCUAUACCGUAUGUCGUUGGUGAAAUACCUGUUCCAUUGAGGGCUAUGACAUGUACUGCUGUAGGCAAGAAACUCGUCGUGUUCGGCGGAGGUGACGGCCCAGAGUAUUAUAACGAUGUCUAUGUGCUGGAUACGACAAAUUUCCGGUGGACUAAGCCACGGAUUAUAGGAGAUAAGAUGCCAUCAAAGCGGAGAGCGCAUACUGCUUGUCUAUACAAGAACGGCAUUUACGUGUUUGGCGGCGGUGAUGGUGUCCGUGCUCUUAAUGAUAUCUGGCGAUUAGAUGUUGCCGACGUUAACAAAAUGUCAUGGCGAUUAGUAUCCAGUUCUGAUAAGCCAAGUCCGGGGACAAAAGACUAUCGUCCCAAGGCAAGGGGCUAUCACACUGCCAACAUGGUGGGCAGCAAGCUCAUCAUCUUUGGCGGUUCCGAUGGCGGCGAAUGCUUCGACGAUGUAUGGGUAUACGACGUUGAGGCGCAAUUAUGGAGAGCAGUACCUAUCCCGGUUGUUUUCCGCCGCCUGUCGCACACGGCCACAAUAGUCGGGUCUUAUCUUUUCGUCAUUGGCGGCCAUGAUGGAAGCGAGUAUUCCAGCGAUGUCCUAUUGCUGAACUUGGUCACGAUGACUUGGGAUAGACGCCGGGUCUACGGAAAAGCACCAUCGGGCCGUGGCUACCACGGCACGGUGCUGUAUGACAGUCGCCUAAUUGUAAUUGGAGGUUUUGACGGAAGCGAAGUGUAUGGCGACGUUAUGCUCCUAGAGCUGGCUGUUCAUGCGUACUAUUCGCAGAUCAGCCACUUUACUAUUGAGGUCUAA